AUGUGGAACUGCGUUGAUCAGAAACCUAUAAAACGCAGAAAAUUAGAUCCGCCAGAUACCUUUAACGAGGUAGCUGCAGCGACAUUGGCAUUGACUGGGUUUCAACACGUUUCGCGAGUAGGCGAAAUGAGAGGUCAUUCUCCACUACUGAGUGCUUUGGUGGAACGAUGGAGGCCGGAGACUCACACAUUUCAUCUUCCGGUCGGUGAAGUGACGGUGACGCUGGAAAAUGUGAGCUAUAUUCUUGGUCUCCCGAUUAAUGGGGAGGCCGUUAUAGGUAGAUCAAAUAGCAACCACCAGUUUUUGGUAGAGAACUGCAUUGCGUGUUUUGGUCGGGAGCCCGGUUCGGACGAUCACGUGUUCGGGAAGGUUAAUAUUACUUGGGUCCGGCGGUGCAGAGACACCGAGCCGUGUGAUACUCAGGAGUCUCUCGAGCGGUACGUUCGGGCGCACAUUUUCUGCGUGCUCGGAACAAUUGUGUUUUCGGAUAAGUCGACCGUUUCACUGAACUCGAAGUUUCUACCGCUACUUCGGAAUUUUCAUCGGAUUUCAGGGUAUAGUUGGGGAGCAGCCAGUCUGGCACACCUAUACAGAUCGUUGUGUCGUGCCUCACGAUACAACUACAAGGAAAUGAAUGGCUCACUGAUACUGCUUUUUGUUUGGGCGUGGGAGCGUAUGCCGUUCCUGGCACCUAUACCCCGCGAUCAACUCGGCGAUAUUGGUAUUCCACUAGCGCGACGGUGGAGUCAUUGGCGCCGACAUACGAGAUAUAUACGGCGGCCUACUGCGCAUUUUAGGCGAGGACCACGCAUCUCACGCGAAUCCAUCUCAUUCAAGUAG